GUGCGUGCCAAAUUUUUCGACGGAAGAACGAAGGGGCAAAAUAGGCCUUCCGUCUAAAUCUGUAUCACGCGGUCGGGCGGGCGAGCGAGCGAUGCAGAGAUCUGGAUAUGGCCGUGAUGGAAUUUACAGGUCUCUCAGGCCCUCUCCCGUGUUUCCCAGGGACGAGAAUCUCUCUCUCGUUUCAUUUCUCUUUGGAAACGUCGCCUCUUUUCCCACCAAACCUGCCUUGUUUGACGCUGAUUCCUCCCAAUCUCUGUCCUUCGCUCAGCUCAAGUCCUUAGUAGUGAAAGUCUCCCAUGGCUUUCUGCGCCUGGGCAUCAAGAAAAACGAUGUUGUCCUCUUGUUUGCGCCCAACACCAUCCUCUACCCUGUCUGCUUCCUCGGGGUCACGGCGGUUGGCGCCAUAGCCUCCACCGCCAACCCUAUCUACACGGUCGCCGAGAUUGUCAAGCAAGUGAAAGAUUCCAAUCCCAAGCUCGUAAUUACUGUUCCUGAACUGUGGGAAAAAGUGAAGGGCUUCAAUAUCCCGUCGGUGAUUUUGGGUUCCCAAGCCCCGUCCCUUGUCGCGCCUGAGUCGAAGAUUACCACCUUUGAUGAAUUGCUUGAGCUUGCCGGGUCCCCCACGGAACUUCCUGCAAGUAACGUCAAACAGAGCGAUACGGCGGCUCUUCUGUAUUCCUCGGGUACCACGGGGGUGAGUAAGGGUGUGAUUCUUACGCAUAAGAAUUUCAUAUCCGCUUCUCUUAUGGUGGGCGUGGAUGACGAGCUGGCUAACGAGAGAGACGAUGUCUUUCUUUGCGUUCUCCCGAUGUUUCAUAUUUUCGGGCUUGCUAUCAUUGUAUACUCGCAGCUUCAGAGGGGCAAUGCAGUCGUGUCUAUGAAGAAAUUUGAGUUCGAGAUGAUGUUAAGGGCAGUUGAAAAGUAUAGCGUGACUCGUUUGUGGGUUGUGCCUCCAAUCAUCCUUGCUCUGGCAAAGCAGAGCGUGGUGAAGAAGUAUAAUCUUUCGUCACUGAAGCAAAUUGGUUCCGGAGCUGCUCCUCUGGGGAAAGAAUUGAUGGAAGAGUGUGGUAAAAAUUUCCCUCAAGCUUUGGUUAUGCAGGGCUAUGGUAUGACGGAAACUUGCGGCAUUGUUUCUGUGGAGAAUCCAAGAAUGGGUAUUCGUCAUGGUGGUUCCGCAGGAAUGCUUGUUUCAGGAGUUGAGGCUCAAAUAAUCAGCGUGGAUACGCUGAAGCCCCUCCCUCCUCGUCAGUUGGGUGAGAUAUGGGUACGGGGUCCUAAUAUGAUGCGAGGUUAUUACAAGAAUCCCCAGGCCACCAGCUUAACUAUAGAUAAACUGGGAUGGGUGCAUACUGGAGAUCUGGGAUAUUUUGAUGGGGAAGGGCAACUUUAUGUUGUUGACCGUAUCAAAGAACUCAUCAAGUAUAAAGGUUUUCAGGUUGCGCCAGCAGAACUUGAAGGACUUCUUGUUUCUCACCCUGAGAUAUUGGAUGCUGUUGUCAUCCCAUAUCCUGAUGCUGAGGCUGGUGAAGUCCCAGUUGCCUAUGUUGUUCGUUCGCCCAAUGGUUCUCUGACUGAAGAAGACGUUCAGAAGUUUAUUGCUGAUCAGGUUGCACCUUACAAAAGACUGCGAAGGGUGACAUUCAUCAACGCUGUUCCUAAGACGGCGUCUGGAAAAAUUCUAAGAAGAGAGCUCAUUGCGAAAGCACGAUCCAAAAUAUGAGGAUAACUGGACCAAACAACCCCAGGUCCGCAACAUAGUGUGGUUGACGAAUGAUGAUUAUACAAUUCGAGUUCAAAAUAUGUUUGGAAUUGAGCUAAACAGUGGCCUUGUGUAUUAUUUAGCACUGACAAAUAAGAUGUUAUUGGAAGCAA